CCCCAGGACGUGUUUUUGAUGAUUCGACGCGACAAGACGACCAUUUUCACCGAUGCGAAGGAGUCCACGACGGUGUACGAGCUGAAGCGCAUCGUCGAGGGGAUCCUGAAGAGAGCCCCCGAGGACCAGCGGCUCUACAAGGAUGACCAGUUGCUUGAUGACAGUAAGACUCUGGGGGACUGCGGCUUCACCAGCCAGACCGCCAGACCACAGGCUCCGGCCACAGUGGGCUUGGCCUUCAGAAUCAACGACGAUGCUUUCGAGCCGCUCAGAGUGGACUCGUUCUCCAGCCCUCCAGAGCUCCCAGAUGUGAUGAAGCCGCAGGAUUCUGGGAGCAGCACCAACGAACAGGCCGUGCAGUGAAGGAGGAGAACGAGGGAACGAGAGAGAGAGAGAGAGAGAGAGAGAGAGAGAGAGAGAGAGUGUGUGGGGGCAACACACAUCUUGAUACCCACCUACAGCCCCUCUCUCCUCACAAACACACAAACACACACACAUACUCUCAUAUGUAAUAGUGCACUGAUAUGAGUCCACAGCAAGUUGUGUGUUAAGGAAUUUUUUGUUCUAGGGGUAUAUAUUGUUUUUGUACAUUAUUUUCGUUUUUUUUUUCUUAAUUCUUUAUAUAUAUGUAAUUUCCCCUCUUCCACCUGCUCGCUUUUAAUUUCUUCUUGAUGUUUUUUUCUCAAGUUUUCCUAAUACUUAUACUUCCCUUCUACUUCUUGUCCGAAAAACAAAAUAAAUUGAAUAUACUAAAUGAAAAAAUAUAUAAUUGCGGUAGAUAACUGAAA